AAAGAUGUGACGGGACCACUGGCAUGAUGAUAAUCAUUACACCUUUGGAAUUUUGUGUGAGGUCUACAAAGUUAUUAUUAGACAUUAUUGCGCGUUCUGUUUGCGGCAUUUUACUUUUUUCAUAUUGUUUGAGGAUUCAACCGAGCGUCAGGACCAACAAUUUUUUUUUUUUUUUACUUCAUUAUUAUCACUGAAGAGGAUCUACAAAAGAGACCGAAACGCGAUUUUGUAUAAUCUUAAUAAAGGUAAGUUUUUUCUCACUGAGGACAUACACUAAUUUUUUAUUAGUUUAACUGCGUUAAUUCACCUGCGCCGAACUUCAAUAGGCUCUUUUUUUAUUAUUCAAUUGUUUCAAGGAGUUCUAUUUCUAUUUUAUCUGUUAAAUACGAUUUUGUUACAUAGAUUUUUCUUAUAUAAUCCUAUCAAGUAUUUUAAAUAAAGUAAAUUUUUUGAGCAUUUUUUUAUGCGUAAACAUGCGUGUUUCUGAUUUUAAUUAAACACUCUUUAACGAGUGGCAUGCAAAUAUCGUGUUACAAGGCGGAUAGCUUUUGUUACAACACGUUGCAGAAUUAAAAUGUUAAAGCUGUACAAAAAUCCGAGUAAAAUUAAUUUUUAUCUCGGGAAAGAAAUUAUUUAUUUUAUUUUUUGAAAUGAGAAGUUUCACAUGUUUGCCAGACGAGCUUAUUAUCGAACACCCUGUACUCGUGCAUUUAUCGUAUCACGAUCCCAUACGACGUAUCUAUUACGAUCUCGUGGCAUGACAUGAGUGCAGUGAAACGAAGAUAGGAACUGUAUAUAAGCAACGUGGGGAUACAGACAGCGGCGCGUGAGACAAUAUAUACCUGACGAGGCCUGGUGUUGCCGAACGAACACCUGCUCUACACCGGGUCCGAGCGGGGACCUUUGUCCAAGGGCCGAUAUAAAACUCGUACACCGUUUCAGGCGCAGCCAGUAGACUUUCGAGAGACAGUCGAGCACGACAAUCACGUGCGUGACUUCGAUCGAGUGACAUCGAUUGUCGCUGUUAAAAUCGAAUUGCCGUAAAUCACGGUGAAUUACAGUAAAAUCCGCGUUAUCGUCAAGUCGUGUCGAAUAGUCGUGAUAAAUAAUAAUUUCGUCGGAGAUAUAUAAUAAUUACGUUGAAAUACCGAAACGAUCUUAUUAAAGAAAUUCGAAUGAUUGAAAAUUUACAUGAAAAUCUUCGCAAGAGUUUAAAAAUGCGAAGAUUCAACGGUUGGAAGAUUUUCAAUUGAAAAAGAUACACACAAAUAACAAAAAUAUAAUAGAACUGUAAAUUUUUGAGAUUUUGAUAUAUAAAAUUCGGAAAUUUCUAAAUAUUACGAGAUAUACAAAUUCGAAGAUCCAGAAGCUAAUGUUCUAAAAAUCUUACACGAAGACUAUAAAAUCAGAGCAGAGAUGACGAAAGUACUAUGUUUAUUGUCGACGAUUAUCGUAGUGAGCACGCUGAUUGCUGUCAUACGCGCGGACGAGAAUCUCCGAGACACAAUCAAAUUGCUACAGGAACAAGUUGGUGCGUUACUGGACCAUCGACAAGAGGAUUAUAAUGCUUUAGAAGAGAGUCUAAAGCGGGCGAUGGAGAAAAACACCGAACUGAUUGUCCUCAGAAACGAAGUGAAACAAUUGAAGAAGGAAGUGAAUGCUCUUCGCGGCGGAAGCGGCAACGAGGCGAAGAACGAGCGAUUACGAGUACGAUGGCUCGGCAGCGCCGUGACGGAGCUGCAAAGUGAAGUCGCCGAGGUGCUUAGGACACGGAAUGCCAGUGAAGAGCUAGCCGAACGAUCGAGGAUGAGAAGUGAGUUGGCUUUACUGAAAGGAGACGUCGCCGAGGUCGGUAGGAGCAUACGUGAUCUCGGUGGCAGGAUCACAAAGAUCGAAGUUACGCUCGGCACCCUUAGACUUGAUAUCGCCGCAACGAAGGAACGCGCCAGUUUUCUCUCUCGUUCUUGCGCGGACAUUAGCAGUCAGUUAAGCACGAUACAAAUCGAGUUGAAGUCCUUGAAGUGUGAAUCCAAGCUUCUCGGUCAGCAGCAGAAUCAGAAACAAAAUCAUCAUGACAAGGCUGACAUCUUCCAUAAUGAUGUGAGCGCUACACACGAUUUCACGUCACAAAUCCGCAGACGAAAUUAUAUACGUGCCUUAGCUCAUCGUGCUCACUUCGAGGAACGUCUACGGAAUGUCGAGCGAAAGAUUUCUCUUGUGGCGCGAAAGCGGACGAUGGUAGAGAAGCGAGUGGUGUACGAGGAUCGCGAGCACUUGGAUAAACGGGUGAAGAGUCUCGAACUAGUGCAGGAAGAGCUUGCAAAGAGGAUGUCCAAUGCCAGUCGGGAUCUGAUGUUGAUGAAUGAACUGGAGAUAUCGGUAGUGCGAUUGUACGAUUCGGUACGCGUGCUUGAGGAAGACGUCAACACCAAUCGUUCUGAAGUAAAGCGAGAGCUGGCACGGCUAGAGAUCAAUGCAGCGCGUAAAGCUGCCGAAUUGUCAUUGACCAGAGAAGAGCUGAGCAACCUACGGCGCACCGUUCAGGCGUUGAGUGUGAGUGCAUCGCAGUUGCAGGAGAGAAGCGACGUGCAGCGGAAGAGCUUAGACGUGUUGAACGAGACUCUUGGUCGUUUAGACGUCUCCCGGAACUUGGUUCGAGCAGUUAAUGUCACACGUGAAUUGGAACAAGUAGAGGAUCAGUAUCGACUCAUGGUGGAUUCGUUACCUGGCAACUGCGAGGAACGUGACGGUCUCACUCUAUUGGCUCCUGGUCCUGGAAUACCGUUGCUUGCCUCUUGUCGUGCCGGGUGGAUUAUCAUAUCGCGUAGGAUUGAUGGUGUCGUGGAUUUUGAUCGCACAUGGGCUGAAUAUUCAACCGGCUUCGGCUCACCGAUCAGCGAGUUUUGGAUUGGCAAUGAGGCAUUACACCGGCUCACUCGUGAUAAUUGCAGUCGACUGCGUGUCGAUCUGACGGAUACAUACGGUGUGCACUGGCGUGCUGAAUAUGAACAUUUUAGCGUUGACUCUGAGGAAACUGGUUAUCGACUUCACGUAUCUGAUUACUCUGGUAACGCCACGAACGCGCUAUCCUACCAAGACGGUAUGGCAUUCAGUGCUAAAGACCGCGACAUGGAUAUCAGCACGACUGACUGUGCAGCCAACUACCGAGGGGGAUGGUGGUUCAGUCAUUGUCAGCACGCCAACCUUAACGGCAGAUACUCGUUGGGCCUCACAUGGUUUCAGUCCACCAGUAACGAGUGGAUGGCGGUUGCGUCUGCUGAGAUGUCAGUACAGCGGAAGCAAAACUGUUGAUGGUCCUGAAAAUAGAAUGAAUCAGUAAACCUGUUUACAUAGAAAACAAUAAACAAUCAAGUGAAAUCAUAACUUAAAUAUUGCCAUAAAGAAAUCUAAGAUACAGUUUAUGCAAUACGUGUUAGCACGUAAUUACUCGAUGAGAACGCUGAUUGUAAUACCAAAGAGUUAUGUAUAAUUUAAGAAUUCAUGUAAAUACAGUGUAAAGUUGUGCACAACAAACUGAACGUUAUAAACGUGUCACAAAUGUACAACUUUGUUGUAUUUGUAUAGUAAUAGUAGAAAACAAAUAAAAUUUAUAAAUUUUGUGCUCUCCAAUAAAUCGUAAAGUAAAGAA